ACCCUCCGUGGGAGAAGACGGCCGCGGAGCCACAACCUGCCGGAAGUGGCAUGGCGAAAGCCUCGGGCUCCCGGCCCACCGCCCACCCGGAAGCGGAAACAAACCCAGUGUGCCCCUUCCUCACUGCCCUCCAGAUCCUGCUGCAGCCAUUGCUGCCGCAGCCACGAUGCCCAAACGCAAGAAGCAGAAUCAGCAGCAGCAGCCGCCACAACAUCCUGCACUGUCCGACCGGGACGAGCCUGGAGACGAGGAGGAUGAGAGUCCCAUUGGACCACCCAGCCUUCUGGGCCCUCCCCCCAUGGCUAAUGGAAAGCCUGGUGAUCCCAAGUCAGCUCUUCACAGAGGUCCUCCAGGAUCAAGGGGACCAAUGAUUCCGCCACUGCUGAGUCUCCCACCUCCUCCCCGGGGUAGAGGCCCUAUUCGAGGAGGCCUUGGUCCUAGAUCUAGCCCAUAUGGUCGUGGUUGGUGGGUUGUCAAUACUGAACCUCCGUUUCCUGGGCCAGGCCAUGGGGGUCCCUCUAGGGAAAGCUUUUACAGAGAGCCAAGACAUCCACGAAGGCUCAAAAGCUGGUCUCUUGUCAAGAACACCUACCCACCUAAGAAUAGCCCCCCGGUGAUAGAAGACAAAUCUGACCGCCCUGUCUGCCGACACUUUUCCAAAAAGGGCCACUGUCGAUAUGAAGACCAUUGUGCCUUCUACCAUCCAGGCGUCAACGGGCCUCCUCUGUGAGACUGUGCCUUCCCACCACGCUGGAAGGAGCCCCUGCCCAGUGGCCCCCUCGCAGCUACUUGAAGGCCCUGCUGUUGUCACCUUCAGUCAGUGACAUGUCCACCCCAUUCAUCGUCUCCCCCAUGGGGUCCAGAGUUGUGAUUGUCACUGGUGUGCGGUGCGCAUUGUCUUCUGAUCCAGGCUUCAGAGACUUUUGGGACCCCAUCUUGCUCCCUCCUACUGCCUCCUGCCAAAUGACUGCUGAACAGGAAACCAUUGGUGCUGUUUCUUGUGCAUCCGCCCACCUGUCUCCCAGUAUUGCCCUCAGUUCCCAAGAGCCCUGGGGCGGCCUUCUGUCCUCUAGCUGCUGUUUUAAGUCCCUUGCCGUGAAGCCCCAGUGUUUGCAGCUGCCCGGACACACACCAGGUUGUCUGUCCUUGGGGUCAGGUUUGAGUGACUGGUACAGACUUGCUUCCUGAACAGCCUCUCCCUGCUUCUGGAUGUCCUAGUUUCUUGUCAUUAGCAUGAGCCCCACUGCUAAGGCCUGUGGUCACUGUGCUUUGUGGAACUGUGCAUCCCCUUGUAACCUUC